ACAUUAACUGAUCCUCACCGUUGAACACCACAGGAGGAGAUAGAGGAGGAGGAACCGGAGGAACUGGGAGACCAUUGCGCCAUGUCCAAGAAGGAAGUUGACUACACCGACAGCUUGACGGAGAAAGAAUGGCUCCGUGCUAUUGAGGCCAUGGAAGAAAAGGAGGAAGAGGUAACUAGCAGUAAGAACAAGAGGACCUCAAAAGGCAAGCGUAAACAACAGGACGACCUGGAUAACGAUGACGACCCCAAACCUAAGAAACAGGGUCGUCCGGCCAGGGAAAAACCCGCGCCCAAAAAUAAACGCAUAAUUCGUCAGCUGAAGCGACAGCGACGGGCGGGUACUGAGCGAACCGUUCAUGAAGUUACCGUCCCGUCGAGAACUGCCGGAUUACUACGGGAUAAUCAAGAGGCCUAUGGAUAUUUGCAAGAUCCUAUCCAAGAUUGAGGAAGGAAGGUACGAGGACGCUAACGACCUGCAGAGCGACUUUGUUCUCCUGUGUCGCAACGCCCAGGAGUACAACGAGGAGGCUUCUGUGAUCUUUGAGGACUCGAUAAUUAUGCAGAGCGUCUUCUUCAACGCCAGGGAGCGCAUGGAGGCAGAGGUUGAUACUUUCCCUGAAGAAGAAGAGGAAGAUGAUGAAGAAGAAGAGGAAGACAGUAGAGGAAAGGAGGGGAAGAAAAAUAAGAAGGAUAAAAGCCGAGGCAGGAGGAAAAGAGUAAAAUAUGCCGAUGAUUCUGAGGAUGUUGAUGACGAUGAUGAUGACAAUGCGCAACUGGAACUGAGGGCUUCUGGUUCCCAUUAUGCAACAAUACUGCUUUCAAACUAAACUUGGAGGAAUCUACGAAAAGCCGCCAUUCCUUUGGGUCAUGUUUUUCUCCCAACUCUGACAUCAGUCCAUCUACAUCGGUACACACACACGGAGGGAAUCCUGCAAACUGUAUAAUGAAUGUUGAGUAAACACUGAGGAGCUCGGGCACAGGAGCUCUGAGGAACUUGGGACGGUGGAGGAGGUGGAAACGGAAAUUGGAGGAUUUGACAGCUUCACUGACAUGUGUUUUCCAAU